GCAGCCGCCGCUGGACUCGCCGCCGCCGGACUCGCCGCCGCCGCUCGCCCCCGCUGCACCGGAUUUACCGCCCGCCGCGGCCCCGCGCACCCGGCCCCAUGUGGGGCACCGGCAGCAGCAGCUAGAAGGGACCUGGAUGGCCGUGGCUGACGGCGGCUGGUGCGCGGUGAAGCGGUGCGCUACGGACGCCGGCUGUUCCUCCAGCCCCUUCGCGACCAGGGAGCCGCGCCCGUCUCCUCCUUCGCCCUCCUCCUCCUCCUCCUCCGGCGACUCUCGGGCCGAGCGCGGCUCCUCCGAGACUUCACUGCCGGAGCACGACGGCAGUCACCGGCCGGCCGCACCGCCCGUCGCCGAGGCCAGGUCGCUGCUCUCCCCCUACGUGCACUUCGGGGGCCCUCACCCCUCCGGGCUGCCCAGCUGGGAGGACAUCGUGCUCUUGGCGGAUUUAGACCAAGCGAACAAGCUGAUCUGGUCCAGCCGCGGUCCACGGCUGAGCGGGCUCAGCGCCGAGCAGCCCGAGGAGAUGUACCAGACCCUGGCCAUCUCGGCCUCCCAGGGCCCCGCGCCCUACGACGGAUCUCCGGGCAGCUUCAUGCACUCCACGCCCAGCUCGCCCGUCUACGUGCCCACGACCCGCGUGGGCUCCAUGCUGCCCACGCUGCCGUACCUGCAGGGCAGCGGGGCGGCCCAGCCUAGCCACCCGGGAGGCGGCCACGCCGUCUGGUCCCAGCCGGCAGCGGAGAGCCCCUCGUACAGCAGCGGAGGCGGGUCGCACCCCUCGGGCCGUUUCCCCUACUCUCCCAGCCCGCCGGUGGCUAACGGGGCCUCCCGUGAGCCCGGCGCCUACAGCAACAGCCUGGGCGCCAGGGACCAGUACAGCCCCUUGGCCCGGCCGCUCAACGGCUCCUACCCGGGGCCCUACACGUCCUACGUGGGGCCGCAGCUCACCCCCGCUUGGCCCACGGCCCCUUUCGAGAACUCCAUGCUGCACUGCCUGCAGGGCCGGGCCGCCCCCAUCCCCGUCCGGGCGCCCAGCGCAGAGCUGUUGGAGGACCUGUCCGAGAGCCGGGAGUGCGUCAACUGCGGCUCCAUCCAGACCCCGCUGUGGAGACGGGAUGGCACCGGCAACUACCUGUGCAACGCCUGCGGGCUCUACACCAAAAUGAACGGGCUGAGCCGGCCCCUCAUCAAGCCCCAGAAGAGAGUGCCCUCAUCCCGGCGGCUGGGACUGUCCUGUGCCAACUGCCACACCACGACCACCACCCUGUGGCGCCGGAACGCGGAGGGUGAGCCUGUCUGCAACGCCUGCGGCCUCUACAUGAAGCUCCACGGGGUUCCCCGACCUCUUGCUAUGAAAAAAGAAGGGAUUCAGACCAGGAAGCGAAAACCUAAGAACAUAAAUAAGUCCAAAGCAUGCUCUGGUAGCAGCACCACUGCAGUCCCCAUGACUCCAACCUCCACCUCCUCUACCAACUCAGACGACUGCAGCAAAACUGCUUCCCCCAGCGCGCCGCCCGCAGGCUCCGGGGCGAGCUCCUCCGUGAUGUCUGGCCCAGGAGAGAGCACCAGCCCCGAGAGCAGCAACCUGAAGUACUCUGGUCAGGACGGGCUGUACACGGGAGUCAGCCUGAGCUCCACGGCCGAGGUGACGGCGUCCGUGCGGCAGGACCCCUGGUGUGCCCUGGCUCUGGCGUGACCCAGUGCAGCGGAGGCUGGAGCCUGGCACUGCCUGGCAGCCCCCAGCUGCCCGCGCCUGGUUUCUUCUGUGGAGCGGCUGUGGUGGCAGCAAGAGUGCUGGCAGAGACCAUUCCUCUGAAGUUGUUUUCGUGCCUUGGCAGCAGAGGUGCUUUUCAGCCUCCCCAGGAGGCUGUGCCCAAGCAUCCAGUUCCUCAUCUAUGCAAGAAAAAUAGGGGGAAAGCAAAUGCCCAUGGAGAGGAUGAAGCCUUAAACCCUCACCAAAAAAAAACCCCAAAACCCCCAUAUUAAAAAAAAAAUUAAAAUUAAAAAAAAAAAGAAAAAAAAAAAGAGAGAGAAAACCAACAAAAAGAAGAAAAAAACCCAAAAGAGAAGAGCUAAACCUUGACCUAUUGCCAGAGCCCAGGAAGACAGCCUUGACUCACCCAGCAGCGCUGCCUUUCCUGCCAGCCUGCCCUCCUCCCUCUCCCAUCACCUUCUCCCCCUCCCCAGCCAUUCGGCAGAAGUCUUCAGCACCCCAGGAAGGAGCAGCAAAGGCUACCAGAGGUAGCAAAGAUACUCUUUGAGCAGCCUCAGAAGUGCCUAAGCCUUGAGCCGAACACUCAAACCCUCUGCACCCCGUGGGUUCCCCCCCCCCUCAUCAACGCCUCGCUGCUCCUCAGAGCCCCUGGAAGAAAUCACAGCCCUUUGGUACAAGUCUCACAAGGUCCAGCUGGUUGAGGAGAUUCUGGGGUUGGGUUUAGUUUUGGAGUUUGUUUUUUUUGGGGAGGGGGUGGGGAGCGGGGUGGGGGAUGGUGUCUCAACUAUUUACUCCCUUGGCGAGACCGAGAGGUUAACUUUGCGUACAGUACACUGUGAGUGGCUGAUGGGAGUCGGCGUCGGCUGCGCUGCACGGAGCCAGCCAGAAGUUUGUAAACAGGGUAGCAAUCAGACUUUGUUUUGUUGUUGUGUUUUUUUUUUUUCCCUGUUGUUGUUGCUGUUGUUCUUUUCUCUUCCACAUCUACAAUCAUUGUUUUGGUGUUUUUUUGUUUCUUGUUUUUGUUUUAAAGAAGUGCAAUUUGCGUUGCAGCAAUCAGUGUUAAAUCACUUGCAGGAGAUUUAACCAAGGGUUUUUAUACGAAUGAGUGAAUGUAAAAGGUUUUAACUUAAUGGUACGGAGAUAAUUUAAAAGAAAAGGUUAACAAAGGAAAAAAAAAUCCCACCAAAAAGAAAAAAAAAGCAAACUUAACAUCCUUCCUUAGCCUUUUAGCUCAACAACAACCACAAAAAACCAACCUCCACCUUCUGUGUUCCCACUUUGCUAAAGCAAGAGUUUCAAAGCACGAUCCUUCUCUCAGGAAAACUGCUGGGAGGUGUUGUACAAAACUGCAGAAGCAUCCCAGGCUGUUGGGUGGUUUCUGGCCAUUAGCUGGGAGGUGAUGAAUAAAAAUUACAGAAGCA